GAGCAUCCCCAUGGCAACAGCAGCAGCUGGUCCCUUGAUAAGAGGAGCUGGAGCCGGGCAACCAACGCCACUGCAGCCCAGGAGCCGGCCCAGCUUCAGUCAGGGACCUCAGCCUCCCCAUCACUCGCCUUCCCCUCCCAGCACCUGCUCUGAUUGCUCUGUAGUGCUGCUGAAGAAAAACACACCAACCCUCCUUUGAUGAUGUCCACUGAGCAAAUGCAGCCCCUGGAGCUCUCAGAAGACAGACUGGACAAGCUCGACCCUCGCUGCAGCCACUUAGAUGAUCUUUCAGACCAAUUCAUUCAGGACUGUGAGCUCAAAAAGAAGCCAAGAAAGGGGAAAAAUGCACAGGCCACCCUGAACAUCGAGUCAGACGAAAAAAAACCGAGAAGGAAAGAUACACCGGCACUGCAUAUCCCACCUUUUAUACCAGGUGUGCUUUCAGAACAUGUAAUUGAAAGAUAUGAGGUCCAAGAGAGACAGCCAAAGGGCAAAAUGAGUCCAGCUCUUCAUAACACUGACCUGGAACAGAAAAAGCCAAGGAGAAAAGACACACCUGCCCUGCACAUGUCUCCCUUUGCAGCAGGUGUGACACUGCUCAGGGAGGAGAAACCCAAAGUGAUCAUGGAAGAUGACGAAAAGGAUGGUGACAAGAUAGCUAUUUAAAGAUAUUUCCCCUGAGACCACUUGUAAAUAGGUUAGAUGGGUUCCCUGUGGCGACCUAGAAAAAAACAAGACUUGUUUCUGCUCUCAUUUUGUCAUAGUCUGCCUUUAAAAUCCACACACCUUUUCCCCAGAAGACACGCUAUAUCAGAUUGCCAGUCACCCCUUUACCUCUCUUGUGUCUCUCGAAUCUGGUUUCUAUUCCCACCUCUUGAAUUUUCAUUUUCUAAUUCAGUGGAAAGGAAGCAGAUCAUCAUCCUAAAUUAUGUAGGAAGUAACAGGGACAGCUCCAGUGUUUCGCUUCUGCAUCUUCUGGAUCAAUUCAUGGAACAAAGAACACAGAGAACAUGGGGGUCCUUUAUUAAUUGGUUUAUGCUGCUGGGCGGGACUUGACUUAACGUCAUCCAAACACCAGUUCAAGUAGGGGCUCCCUGUGGCCAGUUAGGGAGUUGGGAAUGUGUGGGUUCUAACUCUGAUUGCUUUGGAGAACAUGGUCUUUUAUCUCUUUUAUCCUUUCUCAAGAGUCCAAGUGUCUCUAGUGACAUUCCCAAGAUUCUUGUAACUGGUCCCCUAAAGGUGACUAUGUGAGCUGGUGGUCAACCCAGCCAAUCACACCUUGACUGAAAACACCAGAAGAAGAGAGUGCUGGCCUAUCUGGGAAGCUUAGCAAUACAUUCUGUCUUUAUUGUUAAAAACAUCUCUUAACCAUGUCGUCCUGAAAUCUGUGCGUUGUGUCACAAAUGAACCAUGACUAACAAUAGGUAAAAUACCAACAUGUGUGAUGAAUUUACUGUUAAAAAAUUAAUUAAGGUCAAUGGAAGGCCAUUCCUAUAUUUUCAGCAUUCGCACUUAUUUAGAGCCCAGUAUCCUUUCUUAGAUGGGAGGGAAAGCUGUGGUGUUAGCUCGUGAGCAGGAGCCUGCAGUGUGGGGGUGCUGUGGGAAGGCUUUGCACCGUGGCCUCAUCCACCAGGUGAUGGAAUGGUAGUGGGAAGGCCUAUUGCUCAAAGGUAGCAAGGUGGAUAUUUGAACAGAUCCUUCCUUCAAGCGAUAAUUUGGAAGUUUUAUGUACACCCUGGCUCCAGCAGUUUGGUAACCCCUUCUGUCCUGUCCUUCUCACAAACGUGGAGAAGAUACAAGACCCUGCUGUUAAUAAAGAUGCUUCUCACCACAUCCCUACGUCCCGGUGC